GACAUCCGGACAGUGAGUCUCGCGUGUGGGCAGUUUUUCUCGUUUUUACCCGGUGAACGAUGAUUACAGCCAGUAGAAGUGUUAUCAGGCGAUUCCUGACCCAUCCCCCGUCCACCUGGAUCAGUGUCGCCAGUGUGCAGACACAGCCGCAGACCUCACAGACCACAUCAGCGACGCCGCCUGAGGAGAAUGUUUCCGGAAAGAGGGAAGUCACCAGGGAGGACUCAAAAUCUCCUGGAAUGAGAAUAAUCAGCACCAAAAUAGAGAACAGACUGCCCAAGAGGGAGCCGCUGAUGAAGAACAUGUUCAUGUGUCGUGUUGACACGGAUUUACUGGUGUAUCCUGAAGUCUUUAAUUAUCAAGACCAUCCGGAAAUGAUGGAAAAAGUGACUCCCAUUCAGAGAGCCUUUGAUGGAUUUGAAGAUCUCUCCAGGAUAGAUCCUGAGGGUGUAAUUCCGGACAGUGUAUGGAGAAAAAUUGAGAGUUUGGGACUUUUUGGACUAAACAUACCACAACAUUUCAACGGUUUGGGAUAUAUUGUCACCGAUUCUCUCCUUGCCUUGGAAUCCCUGGCAUCAGAACCUGCUCUCAUGGCUGCUUUGGGAGUGCAUCAUCAAGUAGCCGAGGCAAUACUGAAGUUUGGAACGGAAGAGCAGAAGCAAACCUACCUUCCUCGCCUGGCGACCGGAGAACUCGUGGCAAGUGUGGCUUUGAAUGAGUGUAAAGAUGCAGUAACUGGCUUCUUCAACACAAACGCUACUAUCAAUCACGACAAGACUGUCUGGACGAUCUCUGGUGAGAAGUCAUUCGUCGUGAAUGGCAGAAAAGCCAAUCUGCUGCUGGUCUUUGCCGAUGUCGAGAGCGUCAGCUACAAGGGCGCUAAAGAUGAAAACACCACCAUUUUCCUGGUGGAAACAGAUCGAAAUGGCGUGGAGAAAAGCCUUGAGGCACAGCAGACUCUGGGAUUCCGUGGCGCUGAGGGUAUUUCUGUGAAAUUCAACAAUGUUGAAGUCCCAUCGAGGAAUAUCUUGGGCGAGAUCGCAUCGGGCAUUAAGGUUGGCGAGGAAGUUUUCAAACUGAUGCGUCUGCAAAGCAGUCUCUCGUCCGUUGGCAUUCUCAAGAAGCUCCUCAAGGAAAAUGCUCAGUUCUGCGUUGACCGAAAGCAGGGUGACAAGAGCAUGACUGAGAUGGAGAUGAUGAAGAAUCGCUUCUCUAAGAUUCUCUGUGACACUUUUGCCAUUGAGAGCAUGAUCUACUUCACCGCUGGCCUCAUCGAUAUCUACGAUGGACAGGAUGUGGAGCUGGAGUGCAGCAUUUUGAAGAACUUCUCCAAUAUGGCACUCAAUCGAACCAUCAAUGUGAUCCUCGGUCAUCGAGACUUCUUGGCUUUAACUCCUGGCCACGUGACUGAGCGCUUCCUGCGUGAUGCCCUGCAGUUCCAGACACACGGAGAAAUUAUGGACAGCGUUAAAUGUCUCAUGGCACUCACGGGACUUCAGUUUCUGGGAAAGGAAAUGUACGAACACAUAAAGAAGGUGAGGAAUCCUCUCUUCAAUCCCGGCUUCAUCAUGAAGCGCCUCUUCACCGGUCAGUCUUUUGAAAGCCCCAAGAAGUUCGCCAAUCUGGAGCACUAUCUGCACUUGUCCGCGAAGCCCGGCACCGACGCUCUGGAGCUUUGCAUCGUACGACUGCAUCUCAUGUCUGAAUACCUCCUCAACCGCCACGGCACGGAGAUCUUCCGCCACCACAAUGAUCUCUUUCAGCUCAGCGAAGUGGCAUCUCUCUGCUUCGCCAUGUUCUGCUCCGUGGCCAGAGCCUCCAGGUCGUACUGCAUUGGUCUUCGGUACGCAGAGAAUGAGAUGCAAUUGGCCAACGUGUUCUGCGGUCACGCCAGCGAGAGGAUCAAUCAGAUUGCCCUGAGCAUACAAGAGAGCGAGAUGGUGUCCAUGAAUGACACGCACCAGAUUCUGGGCAAACAGCUGUUCAAGACCAAGGGCUACUUUCCUGAGCAUCCACUCACGCGGAACUUCUAGAUGAAAAUACAUUUUGUAAAAAAUAACUAAGUAAAUUCAAAUAGAAUUAACAAAAAUA